UCCACACUACGACAACAACAACUUCAACUUCACCUAUACAACCUCCAACUACUUCCGCCUUCUACAACCUCCACAACCCCAACUACAACUUCAACCUCUACAACUCCAACUACCACUUCAACUUCAACCUCUACAACUCCAACUACAACUUCAACUUCUACAACCUCCACAACCCCAACUACAACUUCAACCUCUACAACUCCAACUACCACUUCAACUUCUACAACCUCCACAACUCCCACUACAACUUCAACCUCCACAACUCCCACUACAACUUCAACAUCCACAACUCCCACUUCAACUUCUACAACCUCCACAACUCCCACUACAACUUCAACCUCCACAACUCCCACUACAACUUCAACCUCCACAACUCCCACUUCAACUUCUACAACCUCCACUACUCCCACUACAACUUCAACCUCUACAACUCCCACAACAACUUCAACUUCCACAACUCCCACAACAACUUCAACUUCUACAACCUCCACUACUCCCACUACAACUUCAACUUCUACAACUCCCACAACAACUUCAACAUCUACAACUCCCACAACAACUUCAACUUCUACAACCUCCACUACUCCAACUACAACUUCAACUUCUACAACUCCCACUACAACUUCAACCUCUACAACUCCCACAACAACUUCAACUUCUACAACCUCCACAACUCCCACUACAACUUCAACAUCAACAACUUCAACAACCCCCACUACCACUACACACUCAACUCCCACUACAACAUCAACCUCCACAACUACGACCUCUACCACGACAUCAACAUCUUCUACAACGACAUCAACCAAACCUAUCACAACCACGACACCACUUACCGACUGCACAUUAUAUCGCAAUGGUGGCUACAACUACAUACAGUCUCCAAGAUAUCCUACCAACUACCCAAACAAGGCCCAGUGCACUGUGGGAGCUUUCACGGGGACCAUUGCGGAUACGUCUCUCUACAUCAGCAGAUUUAGUCUUGGCUCUGGAGAUUCCGUGACCGUCUACAACCAAUACAUACCUCCGUUGACAUUGACUGGCUAUCUAAGUGCUGGAUCGGAGUACCGCAUCCUGGGAUCGAACAUUCAGACGGUAUUCAGUGCUGACAGCUCAGGGACCUCAUAUGGCUUCAGCUUGAGAUACAGCACAGCCAAUUACUCUUGUGGACAGAGAAUCUGGGUAUCGUCAUCAUACAUUCUGAGGAGCCCCAGUUUCCCAGACAAGCAUCCUCCAAACAAACUUUGUGAAUACCAUUUUUCUACCCAGUCAGGAUACCGGCUGAGAGUGAGGUUUGAGGAGAUGAAUCUUCCGUGCGGAUCAAACUUCCUCGCCUUCAACAGAGACCCUUACGGCAUCACGCCAUUCUACAACUCCAGAUACAACAAGAACCACUGCGGUAAUAGUUUACCAUCUGCCUUCGACUCCAUCUCCAACAAGCUGAACGUCUAUUUUUACGGAAGAAUCAAAAGUUAUGGGUACAAAAUCCACAUCAUCAAGAUUAAGUGAACUCAGGGAAAGUUCUGCUGUAGCUAAUGUUGUUGUAAUGAAGGGCAGAUACAUGAUGAACUAAUUUUUUUUAUAUUCUACCCUGCCAUUGUCUCUUGGUGUUAUCAAUUUGAAAAUUGGCCUUAAUCUGAUGCAAAUAUAAAUGUGUGAUGUAACUCAACUCUUGUAGAUGAGCUAAAACAAUGAAGAUGGGAUUCAUAUAUUACAACCUACAGAUCUGUCCCUCUUUGUUUGAUUGGAUUGUGCCAAUUUCAUUUUAAUAUCUUUGGCAGGUACUGCAUAGAGAGCAAAUUUAACUAAUAUCCCUAUGCUAUUUUAUUUUUCGUUGUGUGAGGGUUUUAAUAAACAAUAUUUAUCCUA